AUGCCUGUCUACAAAUACCCACCACCCAAGAGAGCCAAAAUGCUCUUGCUCUUCCAGCGGCACCGCCCACGAGCCUACCUUGCGUUUCUUCUCUCGAUUGUCCUUGGCCUCGUCGUCAUCAUAGCCCACGUCGGCGCCGGUCUCGCCCGCGCGGCCUUGGUCCCGUCGCCACCCAUCAUCCACGUCACCAGAAGCAGCAGCAGCAGCAGCUUUUUGGAGGGCACGCGGGCGGCGGGCCUGUCUUCCCGCUACGGCCUGCAACGUCCACCGCCCAAGGGCGGCGUUCCUCCGUCCAAGGAGAUGCUGCGCUACUGGAAGCAGCUCCUACAGGCCAUGAUGGACGCCGGCCCCAAAACAAUGAAGGAGGUCGUUCUCCAGGACAUUGUGACGGACGACGACGUCCAGCCGAACCCCGAGCUUGACAGGUACCGCGAGCGGGUCGACAAGGUCCACCUGCCGGACGACCUGCGGGACGCCAUGAAGGCGGCCCAUGCGGAUUUUGUGCGAGCGGCGCGGAGCCUGGGCCAGCAGCUGCCGUAUGCGGGCAAGACAUAUGGCCGGCGUGUCGAGAAUUCCGAGGCAGAGGCGCAAGCGGCGGCGGCAGACAUGGAGAAGCAAGCGGGGAGGCGACUGAAAAUGGAUGCCGCAGGAGGAGCGCAGGCGAGGGUCGGAGGCAGAGGCAAAGCCACGGGCUUUGUGACCAAGACAAGAGCAAAGGCAACGCCCGAGGCGACAGCCGCCACCACAAAAGCAACGCCGGGCAAGACGGCUGCCAGCGGCCCCGGCGCCGUCCCCACCCGCGGCAUCGUCAUGACGGCGGGCGGCAAGUACGUCGGCAUCGCCGUCACGUCCAUCCUGAUGCUGCGCCGCAACGGGUCCCAGCUGCCGGUCCAGCUGUUCCUGGACAGCGACAGCGACUACGACGCCAAUCUGUGCGAGACCGUCCUCCCCGCGCUCGGCACCGAGUGCCACCUGAUGCAGCGCUUCUGGGAGACGACGCCCUGGAUGCCGCCGCUCGCGCGGUUCCAGUUCAAGGUAUUUUCCAUCCUCCUGUCGUCCUUCCAGGAGGUCCUCUUUUUCGACGCCGACUGCUGGCCCAUCCACAACCCGGACGCCCUGUUCGACGCGGCCCCCUUUCGCACGCACGGCCUGGUGACGUGGCCCGAUUUUUGGCUGUCCUCGACGGCGCCCGUGCUCUACGACAUCCUGGACGUGCGGCCGCCGCGGCUCGCGGAGCGCCGCAGCUCCGAGUCGGGCGUGCUGCUGUACGACAAGGCGCGCCACGGCACGAGCCUGGUCAUGGCCGCCUACUACAACUUUUACGGCCCCAGCCACUACUACCCGCUGCUGUCGCAGGGCGCCCUGGGCCAGGGCGACAAGGAGACGUUUCUGCACGGCGCCAUGGUCAUGGGCAACCCGUUUUACGCCGUGCACACGCACAUUGGCAUCCUGGGGCGCUGGAUCAACGGGACGUAUAUGGGCGCCGCCAUGCGCCAGGCGGACCCGAGCGACGACUACCGGCUGCACGGCGACGGCGAGGGUGACGACGGCGACAACAACAACAACAACGACAACAACAACAACAACGACAACAACAACAACAACGACAACAACAACAACAACGACAACAACAACAACAACAACGCGGUGCGCGCCCGCUGGAUGUUUGUCCACCACAACAUUUUCAAAAUCGACCUGCGCCACCUCGCCGCGUCCAUGCGCGGCGUCUACGCGCGCAACGAGCAGGGCGCCCUCUCGCGCCUCUGGCAGGCCGACGGCGACGACGACAGCUUCAACCGGGACGCCGGCUACGACGUCGAGCGGGCCAUGUGGGACGAGGUGCGCGGCGCCGUGUGCACGCACACGUUUCUCACAAGCCGCGAGUGUGCCGACCUGGAGGCGUACUACAAGACUGUCUUCUUGUAA